AUGGAAUACGUACUGGCUAAAUGCGGCGUGAAACAUGAGAUUGCAACACCAUAUCAUCCGCAAACAAGUGGUCAAGUGGAGAUUUCCAACCGAGAGUUGAAAUGUAUCUUGGAGAAGACAAUGGGAAGCUCCAGAAAAUAUUGGUCCAAGAAGCUUGAUGAUGCACUGUGGGCAUAUCGGACUGCCUUUAAAACACCAAUAGGUAUGUCCCCCUUCCAAUUACUGUUCGAAAAAGCUUGUCACUUACCGGUAGAAUUGGACCACAAAGCACUGUGGGCAAUCAAGUACUUGAACUUCGACUCCAAGACGGCAGUUGAGAAAAGAUUGCUUCAACUGGAUGAGCUCGACGAGUUCAAACUAUCUGCGUACGAGAGUGCGAGUCUGUACAAAGAAAAGACGAAGAAGUGGCAUGACAAGAAGAUCCUGCCUCGAGACUUUAAAGUGGGGAAUCAGGUAUUACUCUUUAACUCUCGUCUUCGUCUCUUUCCUGGAAAACUAAAGUCUCGAUGGUCGGGACCGUUCAUCGUAAGGAACAUGAAAUCAUAUGGAGCAGUGGAGAUCAGUCCGCUGGAUUCCGAUAGGAGCUUCACAGUGAAUGGUCAACGGCUGAAACUAUACAUGGGAGGAGAAAUAGACAGGGGAACAACCACUGUUGCCCUUAUCGAGGUAACUUGA